AUGACGGCACAGCCCACCGUGAGCGGACGGUGCAGUCUGUUGCUCCUGGCCUGGGCUCUAUUGGCCGGGCUCUGGUCUUCGGGCGGCGUCGACGCCAUAAUGCAACCCUGGUGUAGCGUGAUAGAUACAGCCUUGGUCGGUUGGAACGUCUCGUCGAGUCCCACCCCGACGCACAAGCGGUGCCACCUGGCCUGCCUGGACACCCCCGGUUGCCAAUCGGCCAACUACUGGUACCGGAAAAAAGAGUGUGACUUGAACAGCGUGUCGCACUUGAACGUCUCCAGCCGUCAUUUGGUUGAGAAGGCUGGCUCCGUGUAUACCUUCACCCAACAGGAUGCCGGAUGCGACGUUUAUUCGGAGUCCAGUUGCCAUGGCAAUGAACCCAAGACUCAUUGUUCAGAUGAUAUACAAGACCCAGCGUGGCGACUGGUGUUCAAAGGCGUGGCAGGAACUGGAGUCGACCUGUAUGACAUGUGGACCACAAUGGACUGGAACUCGAGUUAUGAGGCGAGUUGCCAUCGCCGUAAUAAUUCCCUCUACCGAGCCUGGCGCAAUGGACAGCUGAAUAUCCGAAGGGUAAAGCUUUCACUGUAUAACAGCUCGGGGGUGAGAGCCGAGUUGAUCUUCAAUGGAACCGGCUCGGACAUCAAGAGUUGGUUCACACAGACACGCCUGAUUUCAUCUCCCUGGGAUGAUCUCAAAUCGGCUCAGUUAACUGGAGGUAGUGGUCAGUUCUUCAGUGUCGACGGUGAUGUUAAUAACCUGGAUCGGCGGUUUUUCAUCAACAACUACUAUGCUAACUGUGAUAUGGAUAAAGGCUGGCUGGUUGUGGCCGACUCUGACGCGACAAGCAAGUGUUCAUGGGAGACAGGGACGGCAGCAUAUCCCUACCCAAUCAUACUCUACAGCACAACCAACCAGACGGUGACGUGGAACGAUGUGCUUUCGAACGUGACUGAAUAUCCACCGGUGAAGCCUACUUCCACCUACAGGCGCCUCUACCGAGACUCUACAGUACGGUCAUUCGGGCAAUGGGUGACUGGCUGUAACUGGGACAGCAUUACUUCAAACCAGUCAGCUGAUGCCAUGCUCAGGGAUUUUUCAUCUACCAUCAAUGACGCCUAUGAGGAACGUUUUCCCGAAGUCCGUUCACUACAGCCGUUGGAAGGGCAGAUAUCCUUACCAUCCACAUCGAUACUGAGUGAGGGUGGAUCUACAACUUUGGCGUAUCAAGAGGGGGAAGGGCAGCUCAUAGCUCCGUUUUCUCUCCGGUGA